AUGAAACCAAUAUACUGGUCCCCUCUGAAUGACAUUGCUGUGGUGAUGAGGGCUACAUGGUUUUACAGGGAUACAAUGAUGCCAGUCGCCCCCGCCAUUGCGAAUCAACUAGAGGCUGGAUAUUUAGAGAUUCUAAGCAUUUCCACUCACAUGGGCACUCGGAAAUCGAGCCUAAAAUAUCUGCAGAUACAUUUUGCGCUGCGAGGUGUUUCCGAGGAGAAGCAGCUGCACAAGGACUUGAAUGAGUCUCAAGCUUUUCUUCUGAAACCAACGCUCAAACCUUCGGCCCAUUAUGGAAGACGACCAGCGCUGAAAAUCAUCAAAGGGUUCACAGUUGGGAUUCCGGUCGUCAGGGGUUUCGAUCGACAAGCCUGGGACACCGUUCAUGGAGGAAGCUCCAGCCCUGACGAGGGUGCAGCAAGCGCUAAGGCGGCAGUCGAACCCGACGAAGAAAGUCAGGGGAACCGCGAAGGUCGAGCCUGUGAGGCUUGUAGGGCAACAGAAGCAAAGGGCCAGGUCACUGAUCUGGUUCUUGUCGCACAUGGAAUCGGCCAGAAGACUGCAGAAAGGGUAGAGAGCUAUCACUUCACCCAUGCUAUCAAUAGUUUCCGACGUCUCGUCAACCGGGAGAUGGGUUCUUCGACAAUUCAACGCAUCUUGCGCAAGGGUCAAAAUGGUGUGAUGGUACUGCCGCUGAAUUGGAGAAUGGGGUUGUCUUUUGAUGAUACUGAGUCUCUUGUGAAUGUUGAGAGCCAAGAACACCGGCAAGACUCAUUUAAUUUGAAGGACAUCGAGCCAAACACAAUACCAGCAAUCCGAACCAUGAUCUCUGAGGUGAUGUUCGACAUACCUUUUUACAUGUCUCACCACAAGGGGAAAAUGAUCAACGCUUUAGUGCAGGAGGCGAAUAGAAUAUACCGGCUGUGGUGUCGAAAUAACCCAGGGUUCUCAGCAAGUGGAAGGGUCCAUCUGAUUGCACACUCGCUUGGGAGCGUCAUGGCGGUUGACGUGCUCUCCCGUCAGCCCACGUUGGUUCCGAAAUUGGAUCUUGGCCGCACCGAACCGCAAACCCAAUUUUUCGAGUUUGACACAACUAAUCUGUUUCUGCUAGGGAGUCCGGCUGGCUUCUUUCUACUUCUCGAGAGUGGGGUUUUGAUCCCGAGGCGCGGACGAUCCAAACCUGGCUCUGAUUCAAGAGAUGUGAAUGAUGAAAGUAUAGUGGGCAAUGCGGGCAGGUUCGGCUGUUUGGCUGUGGAUAACAUCUACAACAUUCUUGCCAAGGAAGACCCAAUCGCCUAUCUAUUGAACGGAACGGUAGACCCCGCGUACGCCACGACACUCAAACCUGCAUACAUUCCAACUACUUCUACGUCUCUUUUCAAGUCAUUGGGGGACGCAGUACGGAAAAUCGUACCCGGGCUGUCACCGUCACUCGACACCUUAAUGGUCGAUCCGGAGCGUCCCCUGACGGCGCGCCUUCCCUCACAGCUCGAGUUGGAAGUCCACGACUUUAGCCGCGAGGAGAUUGCGGAAAAGAAGUUAUACCUUCUCAACGACAACGGUCAGAUAGACUGGUUUCUCAAGUCUGGUAGCGGGCCCUUGGAAAUCCAGUAUCUUAACAUGAUCAGCGCCCAUACAAGCUAUUGGAUAAACCGAGACUUUGUCCGCAUGUUGUGCAUAGAAAUUGGGCGACAACCAGGCAGGAACCACUCAGUCCCGGCAAUGAGGGUUGUAAAAGCUGGCAAGCGAUUUUCCGUUGAGAAAUAG